UAGCCGCCGGCGAGACGGGAACCCUAGGGCUAGUUCUUAUGCUGGCGAUCUGCACUUUCACUUUUUUUUUUCUCUUUCUCUCUCCAAAGCACUGAGAAUGCAGCACACUGACCCAGACAUCAUAAACGUAUUUGUUACGGCGUGUGUUAAUUGAUUAGUCUUCUCUCGCCCGCCCCCCCAAAAGUUGCUCGAUCAGAGUUCUCGCUAGUAUCACACAACAGGUGCCUCAGCUUCUCCAGCCCAACUCCCCAAAACUAAAUAUUUAUGUGCUAAGCGAAGCAUAUCAUAUCAUUUAUACAUAUGGCGUCCUUUAUUCGGUGAAGAGUUUUACUAUGGCGACAGAACAAACAUUAUCAGAGCCACGGAAAGAAACCAGAUUAUGGAAGGGUGUCUUUUCCGUGGGGGGGAUCAUGUCCACUCUCGUUAUUUAUGGCCUCUUACAGGAAAAGAUCAUGAGAGUUCCAUACGGUGAUGGUGAGGUGAAGGAGUAUUUUACGUUUUCUUUAUUCCUUGUUUUCUGUAAUCGUAUUACAACAUCAGCAGUUUCUAUGGCGGCUUUGUUGGCAAGUAAAAAAACAGUGGAUCCUGUUGCUCCAGUUUAUAAGUAUUGUCUUGUAUCAGUGUCAAAUAUAUUAACCACAACAUGCCAGUAUGAGGCGCUUAAAUACGUCAGCUUUCCUGUUCAGACGCUUGCGAAAUGUGCCAAAAUGAUACCUGUGAUGAUUUGGAGCACUAUCAUAUUGCAGAAGAAGUACAAGGCUUUUGACUACUCUUUUGCUUUUCUGGUGAUGCUAGGUUGUGCCUUGUUUAUUCUUUACCCGGCAGCGGGAGAUAUAAGCCCAUAUAACAGAGGAAGGGAAAGCACUCUUUGGGGUGUCUCACUAAUGAUUGGUUAUCUUGGUUUUGAUGGAUUCACAAGCACAUUCCAGGACAAACUAUUCAAAGGCUAUGAUAUGGAAAUACACAAUCAGAUCUUCUAUACAACUAUGUGCUCUUGUCUUCUUAGCUUCACAGGUCUUAUACUCCAAGGGCAGCUUAUAAUGGCUGUUGAUUUUGUUUCUCGAUACCAUGACUGUUUCUUGGACAUUGCUUUGCUCUCCACUGUAGCUACUGCUAGCCAAUUCUUCAUUUCUUAUACAAUUCGCACUUUUGGUGCCCUUACGUUUGCCACCAUUAUGACAACAAGACAGUUAGUGAGCAUUAUGUUAUCGUGUGUUUGGUUUGCACAUCCUCUUAGCUGGGAGCAGUGUAUAGGAGCUGUGGUUGUGUUUUGUUCACUGUAUACAAGAAGCUACGUGAAUAGUAACAAACCGAAACCAUCAGCGACAACAGUUCAGGUGCAAAAUGGAGUUUAGUUCAGGCUAACCUGGAAGGAGCUCUCUAAUCUUUUCAUUAUUAUUCAUAGUAUGGGUAAGCAAUGAAGCUCAUCAGACAGCUUAUAUCUGAUUAGAUCUUCAUAACAAUCAGCUGAUUUGCAUGUUUCAGUAUGAUCCCCUCCCCCAAUUAUUUUUUUCCUUUCACAGGAACAUUUGUUUUCAGACGUAUUGAAGCCACGGGAAAAAAAGGGAUCUUUUUUUUUAACCAGAAAACUCUAUUUGACAAACAGAAUACAUAUAUGUAGGUUGGACAUGGGUUUAACACCCAGAGAAAAUGAGUUUCAGGGAUGAGACUAAGAUCCUGUUUUGUAUUGAGUUAGGUUUAGAAGUGGGUUGGGUUUUGAAUAGAAUCUAUCUAUGAGAAAGAAAAAAAAAAGAUCUGGUUGUUGAUAAAGAUAAGAUGUAUUUUGUUGGUUCUUCAGAAGAUGGUGCAUUAUAUUUAUCUUACUAUUAUCAAGUGUUUCAUGCAAAUA